UGCUGAUUCGGCUCAAACAUUCACACAUAUACAUGCAGGACAUUAAAGCAGGUUCCUCCACAGCCAGAGCUGUAGAUAGAACAGCCUGUGAAGAGUUCUCCUGGUUGUGUCUUCUGCAGGAGGCUGGAUGUUCCUCCAUUCAUCCGAGGAGAGCCUCUCCGCUGUGCGUAGGAGGAGGAGGGGCGAGAGGGAAUCCCAGGAAGGGGUUACAAAUAUCGCGUUGCUGCUGUCCAGUAUCCACUUCAUAGGAAGUGAAGGUGGAGGAGCCACGGCUUGAUGAAUGAAACGGACCAGAGUGUGAACUUAACGUGUUUCUGAAGAGGGAAAAGGAGGAAAAGGACGCGCUCUCUCAGCCCCGGUGAUGUUUACGAGACCGGACAGGCUCCUCCGCGGCAAAUCAGCGACAAUGUCAGUCCGACCGCGGAGCUGAAGGGAUGAAGCGCGUCUCAGCUUCCACUACACGGCGCAGUAAUGUGUAAAAUAAUCGCCUGGUUGUUUUCUCCAGCGCUGAGCUCUGAACUCGGUGUCCUUUGUGACCAAAUGUGGCCGGAAGCUCACGUUUCUGCGUGAGGUUCUUGAGAAGAACUUGGGUUCCGCGUUUGAUCCCACAUGGACAUUGUGUUCGCUGUGACUGUGGAGGCCCUCCGUGGAUCAGCUGGACAGCUUCAAAGCGCACAGAUCUUUGGCAAGAUGUCAAGGAUGCUCCGGACCGCAGAGACAGCAGCAUGACUGUUAGGACACAGGUGGAGCUGAGGGAACCACUGCUUCUUUAAACACAUAUUUAAAAAAAAAACCCAGAAAGAAUGGGACUGCUUGUCAUGUGUAUGUUUUCUUCUUCGACGUGACACCGGACUCUGCGUGUGACUGUGCACCUUUUUUUGGCUCCCAGUGCGCCAGGACGCUGCGGUUCGGGUGUGAACUGGAUGCCGCAGCCCUGCUGGGUCCAAACCCAGAUUAGAGAAGGGUUGUUUAAGAGAGCGGUAACCCCCAGCAGGAGCUCUUCAUUAAACCAUGGAUGACUCGGGGAUAAUACGGCGCAGGAGGCUGCAGAAGGACUUGCCACUGCCUCGAAAGAACAGCAGUUGUCGUACAAGCAACAGGAAGAGUCUGAUCCUGACCACCACGUCUCCCACGCUGCCUCGUCCACACUCCCCCCUGCCUCUCCCCGGACACCUCGGAAGCAGCCCUCUGGACAGCCCACGAAACUUCUCUCCCAGCAACCCGGCGCACUUCUCGUUCGCCUCCUCCAGAAGGGCGGAUGGACGACGAUGGUCUUUAGCAUCUUUGCCUUCCUCUGGGUAUGGAACCAACACUCCCAGCUCAACGUCCUCCAGCUCCUCUCAGGAGCGUCUGCACCAGCUGCCCUUCCAGCCCACCAUGGAUGAGCUCCACUUCUUAUCCAAGCACUUUGGCAGCACAGAGAGCAUCACGGAUGACGACGGGGGACGCUGUUCCCCCCACAUGCGUCCACGAUCCCGCAGUCUCAGCCCAGGACGCUCCUCCUCCUGCUACGAUAAUGAGAUAGUCAUGAUGAACCAUGUGUACAAAGAACGCUUUCCAAAGGCCACAGCGCAGAUGGAAGGGAGGCUGGCCGAGUUCAUGCAGGCGUUCUCACCUGAAAAUGUUCUUCCGCUGGCCGACGGAGUUCUCAGUUUCAUCCACCACCAGAUAGCUGAGCUGUCCAGAGACUGCCUGACCAAAGCCCGCGAGGGCCUCAUCACCUCCGUCUACUUCUUCGAGCUGCAGGAAAAUCUGGAGAAGCUGCUUCAUGAUGCCUUUGAGCGUUCAGAGAGCACUGAGGUAGCCUUCGUCACAGAGUUGGUGAAAAAGCUCCUCAUCAUCAUCUCCAGACCCGCGAGGCUUUUGGAGUGUUUGGAGUUUAACCCUGAGGAGUUUUACCAUCUGCUGGAGGCAGCCGAGGAUCACGCCAAGGAGGGUCACCUGAUGAAAACAGACAUUCCUCGUUACAUCAUCAGCCAGCUUGGGCUGACCAGAGACCCGAUCGAAGACAUGGUCAACCUCGACAGCUACGACAGCGAGGGACCAGCAACGCCUGAAACAGAUGACUCAACAGAGGGUAAGAUGAGAGCAAUGAAGCCACCAGGAGAAGCAGAUUUCCAGACCAUAAAGCUCAUCAGUAAUGGAGCAUAUGGCGCUGUGUAUUUAGUGCGUCAUUUGGAGACUCGCCAGCGAUUUGCCAUGAAGAAGAUCAACAAGCAAAACUUGAUCCUGAGGAAUCAAAUCCAGCAGGCCUUUGUGGAAAGAGACAUCCUGACCUUCGCAGAGAAUCCCUUCGUCGUGUCCAUGUUCUGCUCAUUCGAAACCCGUCGGCACCUCUGCAUGGUCAUGGAGUACGUAGAAGGUGGGGACUGUGCCACUCUGCUGAAGAACAUCGGGGCUCUGCCUGUGGAAAUGGCACGCAUGUACUUUGCAGAAACAGUCCUCGCUCUGGAGUACUUGCACAAUUAUGGCAUCGUACACCGGGACCUCAAGCCUGACAACCUCCUGAUUACCUCAAUGGGCCACAUUAAACUGACUGACUUCGGCCUGUCUAAGAUGGGUCUGAUGAGUCUGACCACCAACUUGUAUGAAGGACACAUUGAGAAGGAUACCCGUGAGUUUCUGGAUAAACAGGUAUACGGAACUCCAGAGUACAUCGCCCCAGAGGUUAUUCUUCGUCAGGGUUAUGGGAAGCCGGUGGACUGGUGGGCUAUGGGCAUCAUCCUGUAUGAGUUUCUAGUGGGAUGUGUGCCUUUCUUUGGAGACACUCCGGAGGAACUGUUUGGACAAGUCAUUACAGAUGACAUUGUGUGGCCUGAAGGAGAUGAAGCUCUUCCAGUUGAUGCCCAACACCUGAUCUCCUCCCUGCUGCAGACAAAUCCACUGGUUCGACUCGGCACAGGUGGUGCUUUUGAAGUGAAGCAGCACUCAUUCUUCACAGAGGUGGACUGGAACAGUCUGCUGAGACAGAAGGCAGAGUUCAUCCCUCACCUGGAGUCGGAGGAAGACACCAGUUAUUUUGACACACGCUCUGAGCGCUACCAUCACGUGCAGUCAUACGACGAAGACGAUACAAAUGAUGAUGAGCCCGUGGAGAUUCAUCGCUUCUCAUCCUGCUCUCCUCGCUUCAGCAAGGUGUACAGCAGCAUGGAGCAUCUGUCCCAGCUGGAGCAUAAACCUCACACAGUGACUCUACGGGAGCACAAAGUCCCCAGAGAGGAUCGAGUGGCCAAAAGAGAAAGCCUAGGAAGUGUCACCCUCAGAGACAAGAGCUGGAGGACGGGCUCACCUGAGAUGAAGCGCUUGUCCUGCUCUGAGUCCUCUUUCACUGAGAGCGACUCCAGCCCGCCGUCCGGAGCCCGAAGACGCUUCUCUGCCCUCAUGGAUACGUACCGCCUGGCCUCCCCUCUGGAGCUGGACUCUGAGCUGCCUGUUCCAAGCAAACAACCUCCAAUGAAAGCAAGAGGGACUUCCCUGGAAGGAGCAAUGGGUGCCAUCUCAUCUCAAGGUGAUCUGAGGCCUUUCCUUAAAGACACUAACGGCUUCACAGAUAAACUUUUGCGACCUGCUGAUGCAUCACUGCCGCUGCCAAUCAGCGCUACCAUUCUGGGGCUUCCAGACCCAUUGGGGCCCCGAGGGGCCACUACAGACCUGGUGCUGCGGAGAGCUCGCCACCAGCAGCUCUCAGCUGAGGGAGAAAAACGAAGCUCGCGACCAGGAACCAAAGUUAUCAAAUCCGCCUCUGCUACUGCGCUGUCUGUAAUCAUCCCUGCAGUGGAGCAGCAUGGCGCCUCCCCUCUGGCCAGCCCCAUGUCUCCUCGCUCCCUCUCAUCCAACCCUUCUUCUCGUGACUCCUCUCCGAGCCGAGACUACUCUCCCAUGGUCAACAUCCUGCAUUCUCCAAUCACCAUCCACCGCUCCGGGAAGAAGUAUGGUUUCACUCUCCGAGCCAUCAGAGUCUACAUGGGAGACAGUGAUGUGUACAGCGUCCAUCACAUGGUCUGGCAUGUUGAGGAUGGAGGUCCCGCCCAGGAUGCCGGACUCAGUGCUGGUGACCUUAUCACUCAUGUAAACGGGGAGUCAGUUCAUGGUCUGGUCCAUACUGAAGUAGUGGAGCUCAUCCUGAAGAGUGGAAACAAGGUGACAGUUACAACUACUCCCUUUGAGAACACCUCCAUAAAAGUCGGUCCGGCCCGCAAGUCCAGCUAUAAAUCCAAGAUGGCCCGACGCAGCAAGAGGACAGGAGCCAAGGAGGGGCAAGAUAAGAAGCGCAGCUCCCUCUUUCGGAAAAUUACCAAGCAGUCCAACCUUCUCCACACCAGCCGGAGCCUCUCCUCUUUAAAUCGCUCUCUAUCUUCCGGAGACAGCCUGCCUGGCUCCCCCACCCACAGCCUCUCGGCCCGCUCUCCCACUCAGAGUUACCGCUCAACCCUGGAAUCCUCUUAUCUGGGCACCUCAUCCCAGAGCAGCUCUCCAGCAUCCAGCACUCCAAACUCGCCUGCAGCCUCCCACCACAUGAGGCCCAGCUCCCUGCACGGCCUGUCUCCCAAACUUCACCGCCAGUACCGCUCUGCUCGUUGCAAAUCCGCCGGCAACAUCCCCCUGUCGCCUCUGGCUCACACCCCGUCCCCGACUACCUCCUCUCCUCCACCACUCACCGGGCACACUGUCGGCAGCUCCAACACCACGCAGAUGUUUCCCGCUAAGCUGCACUCCUCGCCUCCCGUCGCCCGCCCUCGUCCCAAGAGUGCUGAGCCGCCCAGGUCGCCCUUGCUGCAGCGGGUGCAGUCUGCAGAGAAGCUAGGAGCACAGAUUUUGCCUUCCUCCUCCUCCUCGUCAUCGUCGCCUUCUCCUCUCACGGGAGGGGUGUCGUUACGCAAGCAUAGCUUGGAGGUGACACAUGGGGACUACAGGAGAGAGUCCUUCCACUGCGAGCACAGUUUGCAAAGUCUGCUGGAGAUGGAGGGAGAGAACGGACCUGCUCCCCCGUCCCCCUCAUCCUCUUCCUCCCCCUCUCCGCCCAUGGGAGGAGAGAUCGGAGGCCUGAAGCCCGUGAGGAGGCUGGGAAGGCAGGAGUCGCCGCUCAGCCGUGACACACUUCUAACAACAAGAGAGAAAGAUACCCAAACCACAGCAUCUGAGCUCACUGGGUCACAAACUGAGAGCAGCGCUCCUAAAGUAGAGCCCAAAACCAGUGUUGUUGACAGGAGUAAAACAUUAUCUCCCGCUGAGGUUGUGAGGAGCAGCGCAAAAGCAGUUGACGUCAAGUCCAGUGCCUCAUCCACAGAAAGCAAGCCUAGUCCUGUGACCAAAUCUCAAAAUGUAACCACCUCAAGUUCUGAAGCAACCAAGAGUAAACCCAGCGAGAAAGUCUCCACUCCGGGCACAACUAAGGGACAAAAGGAUACUAAGCAGCAGAGUGCACAAACAGACACUGGACCCGCAACUAAAGCUCAGGAGAAGCCUGAGGAGAAAGGGAAAGCUACCGCAGACAAAGGUUCCAUGCAGAAAGCGUCAUCUACAGAGCAGUCUAAGCAACGGAAAGGCACAGAGGCAGCAGACAAAGGAGGCAUCGGUGAUAAAGCAGCUGACACAACCAAGAUUAAAGGACCUGCACCUCCAGUUCCAACCCAGGUUCCAACGCACGCUACAGGCAGACACAAAGAGCCAACACACAGCUACAGAGGGGCCAAAGAGGAGAGGGCACACCUGGAGGUCCUGGAGGAGAAUCCCAUGUCUCCCUCCUCUAAUGCCGCCUCACCGUGCUCCAGCAAGUCCAGGCCCGUGUCUCCUGGGGAUAAAGGCAGCUUUGUUACCCAGCUCACAACUGUGGCCAAAACAGUGCUGGGGCCUAUGAAAGAGGGGGGGAAGGUAAAAGACAACUCAAAGUGGAGUGAGGAGAAGCGGGGAGGCGCGGUGGGGAAAACAGAGGCUUCGACCGGGGGAGUCCGCCGGGGGGCUCAGACGGCAGCCAGCGCCGGUACGCUGCAGUCUGAUAAAGGGAACAGUCGCACCUCCAAGCAUCAUUCAUGAUCAGAGAAGCUGCACAAAGAAUGAGACUCUCCCAUGUAAUGCCUUUUUACAGUAGCAUCACACUGACAUAUCAUGACUUUAAAUGACAGGAAGACAGAAAUGCCAGAAGAAGAAGAAAAAAAAAAAACACCAAAAAGAUGACAUGUAGACAAAUAAGAUGUAAACAAAGAUGCAUCUGUUGGAAAAUGUGUGCACAUGGUGUCCCAAUGUAGACCUGUGUAUGUACUGUAUGUUCAUCACGAUAUGUUGUAUAUAGUCAAUGCGUACGUCUCGAUGCAUGUUUGAUGCUGUACAUGAAAAAUGACAGAAAUAUUUAAAAAGAUAAAAAAUAUACAGCAGACCUUAAGGUAGAAAACACUGUGAACAACUUUUCAACCGAACACAUGCAAACUGGUGUGUAAACAGGUAGGAUUCUGUUUUAAAAUGGGCAUUACUCACAUUUCAGAUCGGCUCUAGUGCCAUUGUUUAGUUCAGUAUGACACAUUUCAGUUGCUAAAAGGGAUCAGGCACAGGAAGAUUUUUUCAUAUCAUGCACUGAAGAAUAUAACCAACAUACUGGAAAAUGGACCAAGAUACCAAAAUGCUUGGGGAUGGAGGGAAGAUGCGGUUCAGAUCUGUUUAAGGGCUGAAUUUUCAGUGGGAUUGAAAGAAGUAACUAAGGUGAACUUGCACAGGGACACUAUGCAAUGUGCUAACGAUGCCACUUUUUUUUGGUGUCCCCAAUUACUACGUUUACAUUGUGCUUGAGACAAAAGGAAAAAAACACAAGGGGAAAGGGUUGCAAUAAGCCAAGCAAACACAUUUUGUUUUCCGCUGAUCAUAGUGAAAUGUGCAAUUAUAUAUUUUAGGCUAUUAAGUGCAUAUAUAAGCGUGUUUAGAGGGUCAUAAAGAGACAAAGAAGUAAAAUGAAAGUAGCACUUAGAGGAGAGUACGCUCUUUCACACAUUCUUUUCUAUUUAUGCAGUUUAUUGUUUCAUGUGACGGAAAGUGCCAGUGUUUUUUUUUUAAAUUUAUUUAGGGAUAAUGUGAAGUUUUUGUUGUUUUUGUACUUACAUGUACAACAAUAUGCAAUCCAAGAGUGCCCAGUUCCAUGAAACAGAGCCUCCUUGUCAGUGAAAUUGUAGUAGAUGAUACACAAAACCAGGAGUAGGUUUGUCAAGAGCAUCUUAGCAGUGAGUUCUUCUUGUUGUGUGUUAAAAAUGAUCUUUUGGGACAUCGGGCACCAGACCUUUCCUAGACUGCCACCUUGUGGACCACACUGUAUGGCACCAGAGGUACAAAGAAGGAUUCGUGUACAUUUUAUAUGUAGUCUGACGUAGUUUGCCUGUAGAUCCUCCCAGUUCAUACGUCAUAAUUCUGAUGCAGAAUCCAUUUGAUGAUGAUUAAAUCAGUCCCAGAAAACAGUCUUUGUUUUAUCCUUUGUUUGUAAUGUAGUGGUUUAAAGUUACAUUAACCCAAUGUUUGGACUUUAAACACCAGUGGUUUUGUGUGUGAUGUGAGAAAAUUGCACUUUAUGUUGUGUCAAAUAUUUUUAUUUACAUUGUCAUAUAUUUCUAUUUUGUUUUUUAUUCAUUCUAUUUAUUAAACUUGUUUUAUUUAAAUGAAAACUUUCUUUACUACUGGCAUUAAUUUAUGACUUUUACAUCUAGACCAGAAAAACUACCAAAAUCUGUGUGGCUAACCCAUCUCGUGCAGUUUUGACUUGUCAUUCCAUGAGUCAGAAGUUGUGAUAUUGCCGUCACGUCCAUCUUUGUCCAAGUGUUUUUACAACAACUGUAACUCUGACUGUUGUUGUCCAUUAGCCACCGUUGUGAAAAACCAAUGCAAAAAAAAAAAGCCUAUAGUGCAGAGAUGUAAUAAAAUGCAGAGAAACCCUCA